GGCCCAGAACAGGACUACAUACUAUGCACCCAAUCAGCUGGCCCAAAUGCGACCCAACCCCAGAUGGCAGCAACAAGGUGGCAGAGGUCAAGGUGGUUUCCAAGGGAUACCCAGUUCACUGCGCCAGCCAGGACCCCGUGCCAACCUGAGACACAUGACUCCUAAUAGCGGCGCACAAGGUCCACGUGCUUCUGGCCAGGCCAUGGCUCCUCGUCCCUCAAUGGGAGUCCCCGGGCCCCGUGCCAUGCCUCCUUACAAAUAUGCCACUGGUGUCCGUAACCCAAACCCCCAGGUGGUCCAACCUAUUGCCUUACAGCAG